AUGAGACCUUCAGCCCGGUUGUUAAACCAGCCACUGUACAAGUCAUCUUCUCACUUGCCGUCUCACAGUCUGUCCAUUCGCCAGUUUGACAUCAGCAAUGCAUUCCUUCAUGGUAAUAUUUCUGAAGAAGUCUACAUGGCCCAACCUCCAGGCUUUGUUGAUCCUUCACGACCUUCACAUGUAUGCCGGUUACAUUGUUCCAUUUAUGGCCUCAAGCAGACCCCACAUACUUGGUUUCAACGGCUAUGGGAUUGUCUUCUUCUUUUUGGCUUCAUGGAAUCCAAGGCUGAUGCCUCAUUAUUUAUUCUUCACACUCAUUCUACAGUUGCACUUGUUUUGGUCUACAUUGAUGACAUUAUCGUCACCGGUUCUACAUCUGACGUGAAUUAUGCUUUGGGACUUCUCAAACGCACCAACAUGCUGGAUGCUAAGCCCUGUUCAACUCCCAUGGCUGCCAACACUCAAUUGGUCUCAGACUCCACUGACCUCUUUGCUGAUCCCUCUUUAAACAGACAGGUGGUAGGGGCACUUCAGUACCUCAUGGUGACUCGCCCAGACCUCUCCUUCCUUGUUAAUAAUAAGGUGUCUCAAUUCGUGGCCAAUCCCUCUAAUGCUCACUGGGCAGCCGUUAAGCGUAUCUUACGCUAUGUUAAACAUACGCCCUCUCUUGGUAUUACAUUCACACGAUCAUCCUCCAUGCAACUCUAUGGCUUCAGUGAUUUGGAUUGGGCUAGCUAUCAUGUGGAUAGACGCUCCCAUGGUGGUUUCUAUGUAUUCCUUGGGAGCAAUCUUAUCUCUUGGUCAUCAACGAAGCACUCUACCAUCUCUAGGUUUAGCACGGAAGCAAAAUACUGA